ACAUUCCAUCUCUUAAUCUUACCUACAAAAGGGUAUCACCACAAGUCAAGUCGGGUAACAUCUCAGCUGUUGUACCUCCCAUUGACGAGAGCCCACGACAUAAUGUCCGCGGAUCUCUCUCUUCUUUCUAAUACCCUCGCUUCCACAGUCUCCCCUUCCGCCCCUAUACGUCGUGCAGCAGAAGAGCAGCUCCGACAAGCAGAAGCGCAACCCGGAUUCCUGCUUCUUGUUCUGGAACUGGUAAAGAGCGAUGGGGUAGAUAUGACUAUUCGUCAAGCUGGUGGUGUUUUGUUUAAAAAUGUCGUCAAGAGGCUUUGGGGAGGUGAAGAGGAUACUACCAUUAGUACGGAGGACAAAGCAGCUAUCAAAACACAACUUGUACCUAUCAUGAUAUCUCUCGGUACUCCUGCAACAGCCAGACUACAGAGUCAAAUAGGGGAAGGAUUAUCUACUAUAGCAACUCUUGACUUUCCAGAACAGUGGCAGGGUCUCGUCGAUGAGCUUGUGGGAAGUCUGUCCCCGGACAAUUUCGUCAUCAAUAAUGGUGUCUUAGCCACUGCGCACUCCAUCUUCAGAAGAUGGAGAUCUCAAUUUCGCACAGACAGACUCUACUCUGAAAUCAACCUGGUCCUCAGUAAAUUCUGUCAGCCAUACUACGAACUGUUCAAACAUGUCGACAGUCUGCUUUCCCAGCCUUCCACUUCACUUCCUGCCAACUCCUCUCUCCCUCUCCUGGCUCAAUCACUGCUUCUUCUGGUUCAACUCUUUCACGAUUUGUCAAGUCAAGAUCUCCCUCCAUUUUUCGAAGAUCAUCUAGGAGAGUUUAUGGGCGAUGAAGCACAUGAGGGCUGGCUGCUGAAAUACCUGUCUUGGGAACGACCGGAAUUGAAGGGAGAUGACGAGGAUGAGGCUCCUGGUCCUUUACAAAAGAUCCGGGCUGCCACUUGUGAGAUAGCGGAGCUAUUCGCCCAAAAAUAUCUGGAGGUGUUUCCCCAACUCGGCAGUUUUGUCAGUGCAGUGUGGAACAUGUUAACCACUAUUGGUCCUGGGACCCGAGAGGAUGUGUUGGUCUCAAGAGCUUUACGAUUUCUCUCUGUCGUCGUACGAUUGGGUAGUCACCGUGAUAUGUUUGCCAGCCCUGAGACUCUCCGCGCUUUCUGCGAGAAGAUCAUAUUGCCCAAUAUGAGCAUACGUCAACAUGAGGAAGAAAUGUUUGAAGAUGAUCCUGUUGAGUAUAUCCGUAGGGACUUGGAACCUUCGACGGUAGAAAGCGAUACGCGGCGACAAGCUGCCACUGACUUCACCCGUGCACUCAUGGACAAUUUCGAGAGGGAAGUGACGGAUAUCAUCAAGCAAUAUAUUGCUUCAUUCCUACAGGACUACGCCUCCAAUCCCACCGAGAAGUGGAAGAGCAAAGACACUGCCAUCUACUUGCUCACUUCCAUCGCCUCGCGAGGGUCCACUCAACAGCUCGGUGUCACGUCCGUCAACGUUCUUGUGGACGUCGUCGAAUUCUUCGGUCAGAACGUCUUCGCCGAUCUGCAAGCUGCUCCAAGCACUCAACAUCCUAUCCUCACCGUUGACGCCAUCAAAUUCCUUUACACUUUUCGCAACCAACUCACCAAAGACCAACUUCUCUCUGUCAUACCUCUCCUUAUCCACCAACUGAAUUCCGACAACUAUGUCAUCUUUUCCUACGCCGCCAUCACCAUCGAAAGAAUCCUUUUCAUUAAACAAGCCAGACAGACAUUAUUUACACAGGCAGACAUUCGGCCGUUUGCCGAUAGCAUACUCACAGCAUUAUUCACCAAUAUAGAGAGAGGAGGUACACCAGAAAAGAUUGCAGAAAAUGACUAUCUCAUGAAGUGCGUCAUGCGCGUCAUCAUCACUGCUCGUCAGAGCCUCACGCCACAUUACGAAAUUAUCCUCACACGCCUGGUCAACAUCCUCGGUGAGAUUAGCAAAAAUCCCAGCAACCCCAACUUCAAUCAGUACUGUUUCGAGAGUGUUUCUGCUCUGAUACGGUUCGUAUGUGAAGGCACCCCUACUGCUCUCCCCACUUUUGAGAAAGCCCUCUUUGGUCCUGCCCAAAUCAUAUUGACUCAGGAUGUGGCAGUAGAAUUUAUCCCUUAUAUUUUCCAGAUACUCGCCCAACUCCUCGAGCUUCAUCCACCUACAACAUUACCGGAUGAAUACCAAGCACUUCUCACUCCUCUCCUCUCCGCCCAAUUGUGGGAACAAAGGGGAAACAUUCCUGCUCUGGUCCGACUUUGGAAAGCCCUCUUGAUGCGAGGUGGUCCCGUCAUCGUUGCUCAAGGACAUGUUCAAGCAUUGCUAGGCGUCUUCCAGAGACUUGUGGGCUCGAAAUUCUAUGAUGUCUUCGCGUUCGAGCUUGUCGAAGCGCUCUACGAGUUUCUUCCCUUCGAUGUCAUGAAAGCUCCUUCUCAUACCAUCUUCUUGCUCCUUCUACAACGGCUGCAAACAAAGCCUUCGACACAAUUCAGCUACUCCUUCGUUACCUAUGUAUCAUUGCUCUGGGUCCUCGAUUCUGUCGGACCAGACUUCACAAUCCAACUACUGGACAGCAUUCAACCCGGACUCUUCGGUAAUCUAAUCACCGGCGUCAUCCUCUCAAACACUCAAAAAUUGCCGAUCAAGUCCCGCAAACUGGUCGAAACUGGUCUUACAAAACUCCUCACAAAGAGCGAUGCUAUUCUUACGCCUCCCAGUCAGCAAUACUGGUCCGCUAUCUUGCUUGCUCUACUAGAUCUCUUCACGUUACCUCAAGAUAUCACCUACAACGGUGUCUCUGAAGAUCUCGACGGCUUGGAUCCAGAGACAGCGGGAUUCCAAUCUUCUUUCUCCAAGCUUGGUGCUUCAGAGAGACAGACGCACGAUCCUGUUGGUCAUAUCGUCGAUACGAAAGCUUUUGCCAGUAAAGAACUGAGCCGGAGGAGUAAAGAGGUGCCAGGUGUGUUGGGACCACUGAUACAACAAGCGCAACAGGCAGAACCGCAGACGGUUCAUGACUUUUUACAGUUUAUGGCGGCUAACGGUGAUGUCGUGAUUUGAAUGUGUGAAUGUAUUGAGUUGACAUUG